AAAAAUCUCACCUUUUCGCGGUUUGGUCUGUGCUUGUUUCCGUUUUGUUGGUACUCAUGCCUCUGUCGUGGAGCUGUGGGUCUUGUAGCACCGGGUUUUCUUCGGUGAGAGGUUCUGGGAGGUGGGUCUUUGUUGGUUUGGGAUCUGAAUGGCGAGAAAGGUAAGAUUUUUUUCCCCAGAGACGGCAGCUUUUCUUUGGGAUAUGGUCUGUGUUGGAUGUUUGUGUCAGUAAUUGGACUCGAGAAAAGCAAUUCAUUCGUUUUCGCCACCAGUUCUUUCGGAGUUUUGUUUCAAUCGAGUGUGGUUGACGGUGCCUUGCGUCGCUUGCUAGUGUGGGCAUUUAUUUAGUCAUGGAAAUUCUUAUACCUGCAGAAAUAUGUAUGCUUUUAGCUCUUUCAUUUGAUCAUCUCCAUACAUCGAUACAAAUACGGUCAAAGAUUGCUUGAUAUGUCAGAACUGUGGUUCAUUCAUUAUGUUGGUGCACCGGUUCAUGGUUUGGACUGGUAUUCGUGUCACGAUUCUUGAAAUCUCGAUCAUGAUUCUGAUUGACAUUUUCUUUCUUUCAAAGCAUGCGCUAGAACACCUUGCUGCAAGACAGAUUACAGCCACGGAAGCAAGAAUCCAUGUGCAUGUUUUGCAUUUUAUUGUUUUUGGUUUAUGAUCAUUCGCCGCUAUCUGACAGGAUACCUUGGAAGGUCUGUGAGGAGUAUCAUUCUGGUUGCACGUACCUCCACCAUUAUGACUCCAUUGGACAUUAACAUUGUUGACCUUGUCAUUCCUGUAACACUGAGUUGCUCGAGAGUACUUCUGAAUCAAUCCUGAGAGUUCGGUUUGCAUUUGCUAUAUCAAGUUUUAAGGAGCCUUUAAGCUAAGGAUGGGAUCUAGAUUCCCAUCACAUCAACUCAGCAGUGGCCUCUAUGUUUCUGGCCGUCCUGAGCAACCAAAGGAGAAGCCUCCAACUAUGAGCUCUGUAGCCAUGCCAUAUACCGGCGGAGAUAUUAAGAAGUCUGGAGAACUGGGGAAGAUGUUUGACAUUCCGACAGAUAACUCGAGGUCAAGAAAAUCUGGUCCUAUAACAAAUGCUCCAACGAGAACUGGAACAUUUGGAGGUUCUGCCUCAUACUCAGGACCUAUUAUCAUGCCAAACUCUGGAAGUCGGUCUAACUAUUCAUCCGGUCCAGUUUCAUCUACAGGAAUGCCAAGUAGACAAAAAUCCAAUUCAGGACCUCUAAAUAAACAAAUUGAUUCUAUGAAAAGGUCAUCUGGCCAGCAAAGUGGUGGGACUAACCCGAUGGCUCGCCAAAAUUCUGGUCCACUUGCUCUCCCUGCAACUGGACUUAUAACAUCAGGCCCUGUUUCUUCAGGUCAUCUAAAUUCAUCUGGAGCCCCUCGAAAAGUGUCUGGUCCUUUGGAUUCCUCUGGUUCAGCUAAGUUACAUAACACCUUGAGCGUACACAACCAAGCUGUCACUAAUAUCAGCCACGAGGAUGACUUUUCUUUCAAGAGGACAUUCCCAAAACCAGCAUUAUGGGCUGUGAUUCUUCUGUUUGUGAUGGGAUUCAUUGCUGGUGGAUUUAUUCUUGGAGCUGUCCAUAAUGCAAUUAUUCUCAUUGUCGUUGUAGCUCUCUUUGGCAUUGUGGCUGCACUUUUUAUUUGGAAUUCUUGUUGGGGAAGAAAGGCUAUGAUACGAUUCAUUGCAUGCUAUCCUGAUGCCGAGCUAAGAACUGCAAAAGAUGGUCAAUACGUCAAGGUCUCUGGGAUUGUAACCUGUGGAAAUGUUCCCCUCGAAUCAUCCUUUGAGAAGGUACCCAGAUGCGUGUACACGUCUACAAGUUUAUAUGAGUACAGGGGCUGGGACUCUAAGCUUGCCAAUCCUCAGCAUCGCCGUUUUACAUGGGGUCUUAGAUCAAUGGAGAGGCAUGUAGUUGAUUUCUACAUCUCAGAUUUUCAAUCUGGGUUACGAGCAUUGGUAAAGACUGGCUGUGGUGCAAAAGUGACCCCAUUUGUUGAUGAGUCUGCUGUUUUGGAUAUCAACCCAAGCAAGAAAGACUUGUCUGCUGAAUUCCUUAUGUGGUUAGCUCAGAGGAAUCUUUCAAGUGAUGAUCGUGUAAUGCGCAUGAAAGAAGGGUAUAUCAAGGAAGGCAGUACUGUGAGUGUGAUGGGAGUCGUUCGGAAGAAUGACAAUGUGCUUAUGAUUGUUCCUCCAUCUGAGCCAAUUUCGACAGGAUGCCAAUGGACCAGUUGUAUCCUCCCAGCUAAUCUUGAUGGGAUUGUGUUGAGGUGUGAAGAUACUUCAAAGCUCGAUGUCAUACCGGUGUAGCGGAUGCAGCAUUUUUGCUGAUGGCAGUCGGGUGUAUGCCAAAUCCAGAAUUUGUAAGUUGGGUGUUGGCGGUUGCAAACACGUGAGAGAUGAUAAAAUAAUUAUUAAUGGGUUUGAGUUGGAAAUGUAUUCCUUAACUCGGUUGUAUAGUUUCUCUCUCUUUUUUCCUCCCUUUUUUGUUGGAGGCCUGAAAGCUUUCAUGACAAGGAUGGCCUCACUAGUACAACAGACUCCUUUUGAUGUGUACUUGAAGGAAGGUGACUUUGGUCAUAUAUUUUAAGCUUUCAUUAAAUGUUUUGGCUAA